ACAGGAGGAGUCACAGAGAUGUACGAGUUGAAGAAAGCACCCGCUGAUCUCUUCAGCAUCAUCGGCCGCGCCAUCGAGAGAGGAUCACUGCUGGGCUGCUCUAUAGAUAUCACCAGUAAGUUUGACCAGGAGGCGGUGACCUUCAAGAAGCUGGUCAAAGGUCACGCAUACUCCGUGACCGCAGUGGAAGAGGUGGUGUACAGGGGAAACAUGACUAAGCUGGUGCGCAUCAGGAACCCGUGGGGUGAAGUGGAGUGGACGGGAGCCUGGAGUGACGACUCUCGGGAAUGGGACAAUGUGGACCGCUCUGUCCGAGGCAGAUUACAGAACCGCAGCGAGGACGGAGAGUUCUGGUGA